GCUGCCGGUCCCGCGGUCCCACGGCGCCAGGUCGCCCCCAGCCCCCUCCCUCCUCCCGCCCUGUCUGUGUCCCACCCUCCUAGCUUUGUGCCCGGGGUGCCGAGCCGUUUCCCCGUCGGCCGCGCCGGGGGAGGAGGGAGUCGCCGCCGAGGCGCUGCCGCUUGCUGCCCCGGGUAGGGGCACAGUCACACCCAAGGCCAUGUCUUACUACCUCAACUCAGAAAACCACCUGGACCCAGGUCCCAUCUAUGUGCGAGAAAACGGUCAGCUGCACAUGGUCAGUCUGGCUCUGGACAAUGUCAGGAGUAGCCUGCAGAAGCCGAGGCCCUUCCGGCUGUUUUCCAAAGGCUUUUCUGUGGAGCUUUGCAUGAACAGGGAAGACGACACUGCACAGAAAGAGAAGACUGACCAUUUCAUCUUCACGUACACCCGGGAGGGGAAUCUCCGGUACUCCGCCAAAUCCCUCUUCAACCUGGUCCUCGGCUUCAUCUCCGACAAUGUUGAUCACGUUGAUUCCCUCAUUGGCUUUCCUGAGCAGAUUGCUGAAAAACUGUUCUCUGCUGCUGAAGCCAGGCAGAAAUUCACAGAGCCAGGUGCAGGGCUGAGGGCUUUGCAGAAAUUUACGGAGGCCUAUGGAAGUCUGGUGCUUUGCUCCCUGUGUUUGCGGAACAGAUAUCUGGUGAUUUCAGAAAAGCUUGAGGAGAUUAAGUCUUUCCGCGAGCUGACCUGCCUGGAUCUUUCCUGUUGCAAGCUUGGAGAUGACCACGAACUUCUAGAACACCUCACCAAUGAGGCUCUGUCCAGUGUCACUCAACUCCACCUGAAGGAUAAUUGUUUGUCUGAUGCUGGGGUGAGGAAAAUGACAGCCCCUGUUCGAGUGAUGAAAAGAGGCCUUGAAAAUCUGACGUUAUUAGACUUAUCUUGUAACCCUGAGAUCACAGAUGCGGGAAUUGGAUACCUGUUUUCUUUCAGAAAACUAAACUGCUUGGAUAUCUCUGGGACAGGGCUCAAGGAUGUAAAAGCCGUCAAGCACAAGCUGCAGACACACAUAGGCCUUGUUCACUCCAAAGUGCCCUUGAAGGAAUUUGACCACAGUAACUGCAAGACGGAGGGCUGGGCCGAUCAGAUCGUGCGGCAGUGGGAGCGGAAGACGGUGAAAUCUGCCAAGACACCAGUGGCGGCGGAGCCUCGGAAAGCAGCGCAGUACUUCUAUAGCAGCCGGUUUCUCACAGAGGCCUCGCUGAGGUGUCCCCUGGAAGACACCUACAUGCACUCUUCUGGGAAGCUCCAGUUCUACAGAGAGAAGACUGCAGACUCCCACGGGCCGCCACUGAAACACGAGGCUGGCUCAACCCAGGAGGCGAAGAAGAGCAAGAAGAGAGCUUUUGAGGAGUCCGAGAAAGAGCAGAGUAGCUCCUCACAGGCUUCCAAGCAGAAGUGCGUGUGCCUCACCGUGCAGGACUGGGACUUACUAAACUCCUACUGAUUGGCCGCUGCAGGCAGACCUGUGUUCCCAAAACUCUAACUGCAGAGAAAGGGGAUGAUGAUGAUUUACUUUUGUUUGAAUUUACCUAUGGCAUUAGCAUAGCAAGCAGAUAUUUCUACUUUUGUGGUGGGGAGGGGAAUGCUAUGGAAGUAUGUAAUAAUUUCUAAUGUAUAUUUUCAAUACAUAGUAAUUUUUUCAAAUAAACGUUUUUGCU